GAUGGCGGAAGAGUUUAUCGUCCAAUACAGCGUGCAAAGUAACCCGAGUUAUACCACGAAUCUGGCUCUAUUUACGGAUGUGACAAACAGUAGCGAGCUUAGGCAACUGAUCAUCCAAGGAAAAAUAGAAGCUGCCCUUUUAAAUGCAUCUAUGAUCAUAGACCCAUUUCAUGUGGCAAUAGCAGGACACAAAGCUCUGCAACUGUUUCAACAAGGAAAGAUGAAGACCAAGACACUUCAUUCAGAGAUUGUUUUUAAUUUGUCACCCUCCACAAAUAUAAAUGAAUCUUUCAAGAAAUUUGGAAUACUGGACAGUACAACAAGUGUGUUAGUUGUCAUUGUGACUCAAGAAAAUGCCAACGAAAAGAUUUCAGAAAUCAGUAAAUUUAUAAAUGGAGAACAAGUUUCUAUUACUGCAUUGAGCACAAUUUCUGACCAAGAAAAAAUAAAGAAGAUUUACGGUAUUUCAGACGAGGAACUUCAAUGCAGUUCGCUGCAAGACGGCGUAAUCACACGAGUAGCAACCAAAGAUGCUGCGUAAUAUUAAUGAACUAUUAUUAGAAGGACUAAAUAGAAAGAAAUCAAUCUUUUACCCAAUAACAUUUAUUUAACAAAUAGCAAAGCCUCGGCUGUGCUCUGUUCUGUCGAUUUAGGCCGUUGCACGACACUCGAUAAAGCAAUCGCAACGACCAAUCACCGUGAAGAAAAAUACCACAAGAAGCCAAUGAGAAUUCAAAGUAAAAACACGCAAAAGGGCGGGAAAACGGGAGUGCCGAGUCGCGUUUGGGUGUAAGUUCUGCAUCUAAUUGGUGGAGAGGUUGGCGCGAGUUUCAUUGGACCAAUCACAGGGCGUGGUACAGCAAAACCAAUAAAAUCCUGGCUACUUUCGACAUUCGAUUGAAAACUGCUCGAAACCUGAGACUAAAAUGAUUACAUUGCUUUCAGAAGCAAUUGUGUGUCGCCCCGUGUCGCCCAUAACAAGAAAAACAAACCACAGGGGGUGUAGUAAAUAUUGUCCGUCCAUCUCGGUAGGAAUCUAACCAACCAUUUUGUCGCCUGUGGGUUUAUUCCUUAGUUGGGUCUAUACGCAGUUGGAUCAAUUUCUAUCACUGUGUACACGUUUGUAGAGUUGAAUAAAAGCAUUUAAGUUUCGAAACAACAGUUAUAUUGCCCUAUUGGUUUAGAUUCUCGCUUGCUGAUAACUGAAAUAUUUUACUUUUCGAGAACAAUAGUCGACACAAACUGAUUGACAGAUUUGUCAAGUGGUAAUUUAUAUCUAGCAAAAAACCUGUGUCAUUCGUCAUUCGAGAGGUAGACUGUCAAGCUGUGACGUUCAAGCGACUCUGUGGUUUGCCCUUUAGCGUUUUAAACCUUCAGGUGAGGUUUGUUUUUGUCUAUCGAGAGCUAAUCGUUUGAAACACUGAAUGGGAACGCUCUCAUAACUUGUAC